AGUGUAAUAAAAAGGGUUAAUCCUCUUAUCGUUCUUUUAUUCGUUAGUUUAUUUAAUAUCUUUUAAAAAUCUAUUCGGUACCAGAUUUUUUUUCCGUUUCAGACACACGUGAGGUCAAAUUAGUCCUACAGCACAACUAGUUAUAUUGUGUUACCAACAAUGAAUGCUAUUGCAACAAAAGGCUUGUGGUAUAUACUGCUCACCUAUGCAGGCUUAUUGCAAAACGUAGUUUCUUUAUGCCCUUAUACACAGAUUAGUCUUCAAAAACAAAACGAACUGCAUAGUUUAAGUAAAAAAAGUAACUCCAGCUUAUGCGGAACAAAUCCUUCUUCCUGUAAAACAUCUGCUUACCGAUCUUACGAUGGAUCUUGCAAUAAUUUAGCUAAUCCCAGCUGGGGUACAGCUAAUAAUGUUUAUGAUAGAUGGUACCCAGCAGAUUAUGGCGAUGGCGAGCGUACCCCCAGAUUAGCCAAAAAUGGCAAUGAUCUUCCUAGUGCUAGAAAGGUUUCUACCACCGUUUAUCCUUCAGAAACCUUUAAUAAUCCUCUGUAUACUCUCGUUGCUAUGCAAUAUGGGCAAUUAAUUGCCCAUGAUAUGGGAUCAGUGGUUUCAAGAAAUACUAGGAUUUCUUGUUGUUCAACUGAUAAUAGAUUACUUAAUCCACCUCCUGAUGAAUGUUACGCAAUCGAAAUUCCUUUAGAUGAUCCUGUAUAUAGUCAACAUAAUUACACUUGUCUCACUUUUACCAGACCAUUGACCAAUGAAUUAAGUGGUUGUCGCGGUGAAGGAGCCCAAGUUGAGCAGAUUACAUCUGUGACACCCUUUAUAGAUCUUGACAUAAUUUAUGGUACUACUAUCAAAGAUAAUAAAGCACUGAGAGCUUUAGUAGGAGGAAAACUGCUCACCAACAUUAGCAAGGGUCAAGAGAUGCUUCCAACCAACUCCAAGCCAAAUUAUGUUUGCUAUUCUUUUAAUGGCUCUUACUUACCGUGCUACUUUACGAGUGAUAUAAGCAGAGUAAAUCAAAAUCCUGAACUUACUAUUCUCCAUAUUAUUUUUGUUAGAGAACAUAACAGAAUUGCAAAAGAAUUGUUAUUCUAUAAUCCUCAUUGGGAUGAUGAACAUAUAUUUCAGGAAGCAAGAAAAAUCAACAUUGCACAACAUCAACACAUAUCGUAUUACGAAUAUUUGCCUAUUCAUCUUGGACCUUUACACGUAUAUUCUAGUAAGCUUCUAUAUAAUACUACUGGUUUUGUAGAUGACUAUAAUGAAACAAUUAAUCCCGCUGUUUAUAAUGAACAUGCUACUGCGGCUAAUAGACAUUUCCAUACCUUGAUUCAAGGCCAGCUGAAACUUAUGAAUGAGCUAAGAGUAACCAAAAGCAGCGACAGAUUAAGCAACAACUUUUUAUCACCCCAUCUUUUGGAACGAGAUUUAGAAAGCUUUGAUGAUCUUACCAGGGGAAUGUGCACCCAAGCUAUGGACCGUUCUGAUGCAUACCAUACAUCAGAGAUCACCAGUCAUUGGUUGAGAAAUCCAAAAACUCAUCCAAUCGGCCAAGAUUUAAAAUCAAUUGACAUUCAAAGAGGCAGGGUUCACGGUCUUGCUUCUUAUAACGAGUAUAGAAAAUUAUGCGGACUUCCUAAAGCCUCUACUUUUUUAGGUUUUCUUGACCAUAUCUCGUUAUUAAAUGUACUAAAACUAAAAUAUCUUUAUAAUAGUCCUGAUGAUGUUGAUCUAAUGGUUGGUGCUACUUUAGAAGAUCUUGUACCAGGAGCACUUGCUGGACCUACCAAUCUUUGCAUCUUGACCAAACAGUAUUAUAAAACUAGGGUUGCAGAUCGUUUUUGGUAUGAACAUUCUGAAUCUGGAUUUUCUUUACCUCAACUAAAGCAAAUACGAAAAGCAAGUAUUUCUAAGCUUAUUUGCGAUAACACCAAUAUUAAGCUUAUGCAACCAUCGGGAUUCAAGCAAAUUUUUCCAGUUAACCCACUGACCGAUUGUGAUUUGCUGCCAUCCAUAGAUCUCUCAUUAUGGAAGGAUCACUCGACGUGUCCAGAUGAUGAAAGCACUACUAUUGAAACAGGAUCGGGAUCUAAUGAAGGAAUAACAGAUAUCUUUUAAUAGAUAAAAUAUUGUUCUUA